ACUGCGGGGCGGAGAGCGCGCGGGGAGACCAAGCUGAGGGAGAGGAGCGGCGAGAGCCUCCUCCGCCAGCGGCUCUCCCGAGUCUGAGGCGAAAACCACCAGCUGCCCCAAGACAGCGGAGACGUCGACGACGAGGAAGACCGUGGAGAGGUGGCGACGGCGGUGGGAGAGGAGGAGACGCGGCCGGGCAUCGAGUGAGGAGGGAACCGCCAGAGGAGACGCGGGCGGCAGCGGCGGCGGCAAAUAAAAAGAAAGGCGCGCGAGGGAGAAGAGAGAACCAAAUGGAAAUAGCGGGUUGCUCCUGUCACGGCGAGGAGGAGAAGCUGAGCGACGCAGCCGAGCCGGGAGAGCGCGGCAAGCUUGACAGGCUGCUAGCAGCGCAAGAAGGAGCUGCUGCUGCCGCUGCCGCCGCCGCCGCCGCUCCUGCUGCUGCUGGACUCAACCAUCCCUUCCCACAGAGAGGGGAAGGAGGCUGGAGCGGCGCAGCGGCGGCAGCAGGAGCGAGCGAGCGAGCGCACCCGCCAAAGCCCAAGGCAAAGCAGCCGCAGCAGCCUUCUCGCAGCCCUCACGAAACGGGGGUGGGAAAGGAGGGAAAGCGAGGGGAAUCGUUUUCUCUCUUCUCUUCUCUCCCCCCCCUCAAAAAAAACCCCUCCGCCCCGCUGAGGGAGGUGGCGGCGGUGGCUGGGAAUCUUCUUUUCCAGUCACAGGUGACGACGGGGCAGUUGAGGGGGCAACUGGAGAGAGAGAAAGCGCGCGCGCCGGCUGAGGGGCGGGACGAGGAACGCGCUCGGGAAUCCCGCGCCGCGCUGCGAAACGCGCUCUGGCGUCCCGUCGUCGUUCCUCUGGCUUCUCGCCUUCCCGCCAGACCUACCUCGCAGGGCGCACGUUGGGCGCCUUGAGGCGGCUAGUGAAGCGUAAAAGGCGGGAAGUCGCAGCUACAGGAGUGCAGGGAAUGGUUCCCCCUGGUCGGUUAAGCGACAGCAGCAGCCCACACCCAGGCUUCGCUUGGUGUCUUUGAGGAGAAAUGUCUUCCUGGGGUCGCCCAAGGGGCCGUUUGCAAGGGUCUGGAUCCAAUCUAAAUAAGAGUGCCCUCCUCCCUUAAAAAGAGCAAGGGACACCUGGGAGCCAGUGGCAUAGCUGUCAACUUUUCCCUUUUCUUGUGAGGAAUCCUAUUUGGAAUAAGGUAAUUUCCCUUUAAAAAAGGGAAACGUUGACAGCUAUGGCCAGUG